AUACAAAACCAACAGUGUGUUAGAUACUGUUUAUCAAACGACAACGUCGUCUCAAUCUUCUGCAGGUAGAAAUGUCAAGUAACGAAGAGUUGUCAAACGAAGUCGCCGAUUCUUAUUACAUUCAGAGUUGCACGGGUCAACAACUGUUUUGCAAGUACUGGCCGACAGAGGGAAAACCUAGAGCUCUUGCUUUCGUGGCUCAUGGAUAUGCUGAGCAUUGUUGCAUUUAUGAAGACUUGGCCCAAGCUCUUGUUAAAUCUGGAAUUUUAACUUUUGGUCACGACCAUGUGGGCCAUGGUCGAAGUGAAGGUUCUCGUACCCUGGUGGGCACUCUUGACAACUGCGUUGAAGAUGUAUUUCGUCAUGUAAAUGUAAUGAAAGAGAAAUAUCCGGGACUUCCAGUUUUUCUCGUCGGACAUUCGAUGGGAGGAACAAUUGGCGUUUUAGCCGCUCUGAAGAAGCCAGAAGAAAUCAGUGGCUUUGUUGCCAUAGCAGCCGGUAUUUCGUGGAAUUCUGAAGGAGUCACGCCGUUGAAGCGUUUCAUAGCCAGCUGGUUAGGACGGUUCUUUCCCAGUUUUCCUGUUAGCACCAUGAACUAUGACCUGGUCAUUCGGACGGAAGAAGGCAAACAGAAGGUAUUAGAGGAUCCGUAUAUGUACAAAGGUCCUUGGGUCAAAGCAGGCUGGGCUAAAACUAUGUUGGACAACGCAUCGAAAGUACAGGCUGAGCUACAAAACAUAGAUGUACCUUUGCUAAUCCUUCAUGGCGGCCAGGACAAGAUUUGUGACAUAUCAGGAGCUAAGAAGCUUUACGAAACUUCUAAAACCAAAGACAAGACUUUAAAGGUUUAUCCAGACUCAUAUCACUGCCUUUUCCUUGAGCCAGAUGGCAUCCCUGAGCAGGUAAUAGAUGAAACAGUCAACUGGAUAACGACCAGGAUACAAUAAAGUUACACCUCAUAUAUUGGUUCAGUCUACAAAAUUUUAGUGGAAAAUUACGAAACUUCGUGGAUCAAAAACACAGAAUACUCGACCUUUUAAUCACAUAUAGUAUUCUUAUCAAGGUUCAAGGAAAAGUGUGUCUUCAAACACGUUUAUAUUACACCAAUAAUUAUAUAUAUAUACGUCAUAAUAUAAUUAUGUUCCAGCUGUCAGAACAACAUAUCCUAAUUAUUAAAUACAUUUAAAUUACAAUUUCUAUACAAUAUGUAUUCUUGGGUAUCAAUUUCUAUAAUAUGUUUUUGUAAUUAACUGAAUCGCGACUUUUACGGUUUAAAUUAAAUCAUGGGGCUUAUUA